GAUUAAUAGUGUCGCUGUCAAAAGCGUUAGAAACAGAUGAAGGCAUGUUGAUAGACCAACAGCUGUAAGAGACCGGAGAGGAAGAGAAGCUGCGUCAUGUCUGCUGCUCGGGGUUACGUGUAGUCAUUUGUCUUCGGAGCUGGAUGUCGGGGAGACUUUGCUCAACUAUCAGCGUCACCGCGCCGUCCCGGGCUUUAUGUUGUGUUGCUUUGCCUUUUUCUGGAAAGCCAUGGAGACCAGAACAUGCCAAAUCUAAGUGCGGUUUUACAACUCUAAGCGUGUCGAGGUUCUUGUGAAUAUUUUCCACCUUCUCAAACUUGAACGCAGGAGGGAAACCUUCGGCACGAUAAGGAGCCUCUGAGGGCCCACAUCAGCAUGGUGAACAGCCAAGCGUCAGGUGUACCACCGGCCUCCAGGUCAUGUGCAGGAUGCGGGGGGAAGAUCUCCGACCGCUUCCUGCUCUUCUCCAUGGAGCGCUACUGGCACACUCGCUGCCUCAAGUGCUCUUGCUGCCAAGCCCAGCUGGGGGACAUUGGCACCACCUGCUACAGCAAAGGGGGCAUGAUUCUGUGUCGGAGUGACUACAUCAGACUGUUCGGGCACAGCGGGGCGUGCAGCGCCUGCAGCCAGUCGAUCCCAGCCAACGAAAUGGUGAUGAGGGCACAGGGAAAUGUUUACCACCUCAAGUGUUUCAGCUGUGCCACCUGUAGAAACAGACUGAUGCCUGGUGAUCGCUUCCAUUACAUCAACGGUACAAUCUUCUGUGAGCAUGACAGACCCGGCGCUGCCUUGCUCACCAGCCACCUGCCUCCACUUCAGAGCAACUCUGUGCUGACAGACCAGAAGGUUUGCUGAGUGCUGCGUGUUGCCUUGCCUUUCCUCCCAAGCUUCACUUCUCUUCGGUGCACUCUUCUGCUACUGUCGCUGCUGUUGUGGAUUCUCAUCACCGCCCCAACUCUCUUCCCUGGAGAGGACGCAGUUUCUCACCAACAUAUCCGUCCGUCCCCAUAUCAGAGUCUCAAUAUAUUGUAAACAAGGUCACAUUUAUGUUGUGUUCGAUGUUAAAGUGGUCUGUGCAUCAUGCAAAGACUUACAGUGUAUGUUGACUGGAGGAAACAAUGACGAUGAAAGCCUGCACCAACUGGAAGAGGGAACAAAAGACGCUUGAAGGAACGUUUGAUGGACAGCUGUAAAAUGACUGUCAAAGCUUUGCUUAUGCCAUGUGGCAUUGUUUCCCCUGAGCGUCAGUGUUUUAAUGAACUCUUGAUCUCUGUCUUGUAUAUGUUAAUCUGGGAUCUUACACACUGAGGGUUGAAUAUAAAAUUGAUGUCAGGCAACACUUACGGAAAUCAAAUCUGACGUUGCUUUUACCUACGAUUACUAAUUUUUCCGAUGCCCUGCACAAGGAUCUGAAAUGAUCCAGUGAAGGUUUCUUCUGUAGAGUUGUAUUUCAUUACCAGACGCCUCUUCAGUGUGUGUGGGGGGGUGAAAGUUGUUGAAGUUGAAAACAAAAAUCCUAUUAAAAAGAUUUUCCUGUAACAUGUCA